GUUGCAGCAGGAGAGACACGGGGCGGCGGGGAGGGGGAACUAUAACACUGUGAGACACGCAGGAGCACGGACUUGUCACUCCUCGGCGUUACAAACCUUUUUUAAAAUCUUUGUUUGACACAAAAUGAUGUGAACGCUUCACCCCGGCAAAUAGUACAGCUGAAAUGAUCUCGGACUGUGCCUCUUCAGCUAACUGGGGAGAGAUCGAACCCGGAGCCACCCCUCCUCCGGCCCGGGGGAGUCUAGAAGGUUCCAGGAUGAGGUUCCAGGCUGCCGGCUCCGGAGCGGGACGGGAGGGGGAGGAGAGCCGGGAGGAUGAGGUCACCUGCCCCGGCUGCACAGGGAGUGAGGUGGAGGCUGGGGGAGAGCCCGGUCUGGCUGCCUCACCGGGAGGGGGUGCUCAAGAGCAGCCGGCCACACCGCUGGACAGCGAGGCAGGCGGCGGAGCUCGGAACCUCGCUGGAGCUGCUCUGCAGGCUGCGGACGGACCCUGCGCCCAGCUCCUGCCCUCCAUGCUGGAGAGAAUCGCCCGCAGCGGGGCUCCAGUGAAAAGCCAGCAGAAGGGGGAGCCCGACCUCACGCUGGCCCAGAAGCAGGCUGUGCUCGGCGGGCUGUACCAGAGCAAGCCCCUGGUCUUCCUGGAGCGGUUCAGGGCUCAGAUCCGCAGCGAGGACCUGCCUUGCUUCCAGCACCUCGCUGGGGGUUACGAGGCGGAGUUCUACUGCAGGGAGAUCCGACGGGCCGGCGCCGCCGGGAAGAGGAGCGGGCUCACCCGGAUCAGGAACAAGAGAUACGCAGCCCUGCAGAAACUCAUCCAGGGCGGGGAGUAUUUUAGCGAGGACUGCAUGCGCUCCCGGGACCCCCUCCUCUACGAGCAGUGCAUCGGACAGUACCUGACGGACGAGGAGGUUCUGGAGCGGGGCAGCCGGGCCGGUUCUGAGCCGGGCUCUCUCGCGGACCUGCUGCUGUCCUCCUACCAGGAGGGGUUGAUCCAGAGGAGGCUGGAGAGGCAGCAGGAGAGGGAGGCGGGGGCUGAGGAGGAGGAGGACGAGGAGGAGGAGGAGGAGGACGCCCCGGUGCUGUGGGAGCCCGGUCCCGAGGAGAAGGCUCUGCUCAGGGAGGAGUUUCUUAGCCGAAUGCACCAACGCUUCCUGGAGGGCAAGGACCAGGACUUCAACUACAGUGAAGUGGAUGAGAACCCCGAUUAUGAUAACCUGGACAUUGUGACUCAGGAUGAGGAGGAGAAAUACUUUGAUGAAGAUUCGGACGAGAUGGAGGAGAUGGAGACGCAGUGAGGCUCACAGACGGGGGCUAGAGCCACGACAACGCGCACUGCAAAAAAAAAAAAAAAAAAAAAACGCUUGUAAAAUAAUCUACAAAUGUGGUUCUGUUGUUAUUAUAAUUUGUUUUGUAUAACUUCUGAUCUGCUUGUCUGUUUCUGAAAAGGGGGUUAAAAAAUCUGCUCAUUAUUAACACAGCUGCAUAUGCAGGGAUGGGAACGAGACUCCCGCUGCAAAGCAGUGUGAUCCACUCCUGGUUUCACUAGGAGUUUAAUAAUCAGACACACCUGAGCUUGUUAUCUAGACACACGGGCUGAUUAAGCUGGUAGUAAAACCUGGACUGGGUGACACUGCUGUGGAAUAGGAGUCUUAUUACCAGUCCUGAUGCAGUAAAAAUAUAGUGGAACAAGCAUUUUUUACUGGUAAUGUUAUUAAGAUUGGUUACUAUGUUAGGUUGUUAAAAAAAAUGGGGAUAUUAUGUCACUGCAAAUAUAUAUAUUGUGUACCGUGUUUUGAUGCGUAAAUACACAAUUAAAUAAAAAUUGCAGUAUUUUU